AUGAAAUUCCGUCCUCUGAGUUGGCGAGGAGCGCACAGUUACAUCCUAGCAGAUCGAAUGGAAGACAUAACCAAUUCGGAACAGAUUCGUUUGAAUCCCAAAUGCGAUCGAGACGUUGUCCUUUAUGGGUAUGUUAGGGGAGUGCCUCUAAAAAGAGAAAACAUGGUUCACAUUGCCGGUCUCGGUGAUAUGAAAAUAGAAGAACUGAAUUCGCUACCGGAUCCAUGUCCGUUGCCUUCGACCGAGAAGAAAAGAAAUUUGCUGGAAAAGGAACGACUGCUUUACGCUCCAAUGUCCGGCGUUGGGGGGAUCGUUUACGAUAAAGAUGCGGUUUACAUCGAGCUGCAGGGUUCCCAUAGUCACAAGCAACAGCAGAGCAGCGAACAGCAGGACCUGGUCAAGUCGGUCAUCGAGAAAAAGGAAACGUUGGAUGUGCAGAUUGAGAACCAGGAAUUUCGGCUGUUCAGCGAUGGCGAUGUCAUCAAAUCGGGAAAUUUCCAAGAAGAAACAACGGCUGCCAAUAGCGAGGACGAAGAUGACGAAGACGAUAGUUCCGGAAGUGAACCAGAUUCUGGUAUGGAAGAUUCCGAAGACGAAAGCAGUGCAGUGCGUACAAUUCGAUCCGGAUGGAAUCCGGACCAGGAAGAUGAGGAGCAGCCUUCAUCAGCGGACGAGGAAGACCCUGAGGAGGACGAUGACGAUAUUAAUGAUUCGUUUGGUGGCACAAGGCCUUCCAGUGGAUUUUUGUCCUCGGACGAUGAAGCCAAUGAUGGUGUUGUGGGUUCUUCGUCGUCUUGGAAAAAAGGUUUAGCUUCCAAAGCUCGAAUGGAUUAUCUAGAAAGACAGGCGACCACCAAAAAUUUGAUGAAAAUUGUCUAUGGGGUGUUCAGCAAGUUCCGCAAGAAUAGAGAAGCGGACGAAGAGCAGGAUGGUGAAGGACAUGAGGAAGACGAUCUGCUUGGAGGUCUGUUCAAAAGUAUGACUCAUAAACAGGCAGAAAUUCAGAAGAAAAAAACCAUACAGGAUGCCGAUGAAGGAUGUUUCUUCGAGGAGUAUGGAGAUGGAGUGCGUGAUUGGACAGCCGACGAAAACAAAAAGUUGAUUGUUAAUUGCUUCGUCACCGGGAAAUGGAAAGCUUCUGAAGAUGCUGAGGAGCUUCUUAAGCUGGAUGAUAUGAGUGAUGGAGAUGACGAGGUGUAUGGCGAUUUUGAAGAUUUGGAAACUGGCGAAAAACAUACUGGUGGUGAUGGCAAAAAGAAAGAAGACGAUGAACCUGAGGAUGAGAUCGAUUCACAAGGUGACGGGAAAACUUUAAAACGGAAAAUGUCCCGUAUUGAAGAGAAAAAUAUGUCUCGCACAGAGCUGAUGGCCAAGAAAAUGAAACUGAAAGCCAAAUUCGAUGCUGAAUAUGAUAAUCCUGAGAAGGACGAUCAACACAUUGAAGGAGAUCACCAAUAUUACGAGAAACUGAAAGCUGAAGCCUUGCGCCAGACGGAAUUAAACAAGAAAGAGUUCUCCAACCUAGACGAGGAUAUUCGACUGAACAUUGAAGGGUAUCGAGCAGGGCUGUACGUCAGGAUGAAUUUCAAAAAUAUUCCUUAUGAGUUUGUAGAGCAUUUUGAACCAGCUUUCCCAGUUCUGAUUGGUGGACUCAACAUGGCUGAAGAGAACGUUGGUUAUGUGAGUUGUAAAGUGAAAAAACAUCGAUGGUAUAAGAAAAUUUUAAAGGCUGGCGAUCCAUUGAUUGUAUCCUUGGGAUGGAGACGUUUCCAAACGAUUCCCAUGUUUGCAAAAGUUGAAGACGAUCUCAAACAUCGUUAUUUGAAGUACACUCCCAAUCACGUGACAUGCAGCAUGACGUUCUGGGGUCCCAUCACACCUCAAAACACUGGAUUGCUUGCCAUCCAAUCGAUAGCCUACGAUCAGCAGCAGACGAAACGGUUAGGCUUCCGUGUUGCGGCAACGGGAGCCGUGAGUGAAAGCGACAAAUCUGCCCAGAUUAUGAAAAAGUUAAAAUUGAUCGGAACACCAUAUAAAAUCUACCACAAAACUGCCUUCAUAAAGGGUAUGUUCAAUUCAACUCUUGAAGUAGCGAAAUUCGAAGGAGCUAAAAUUAAAACGGUUUCUGGCAUCAGAGGUCAGAUCAAGAAGGCAGUUCCCCCGGAAGGAAAUUAUCGUGCCACCUUCGAGGAUCGAAUAGUUUUAAGUGAUAUCGUUUUCUGUAGAACUUGGUUCAAGGUUAAUGUACCGAACUUUUAUGCUCCGGUGACGAAUCUUUUGCUACCACUGGAAAAGCGAGCCAAAUGGGUCGGUAUGAAAACUCUCGGGGAACUGAAGCGGGAAAAGAAUAUCCAAUUUGAGGCUCAACAGGACAGCUCCUACAAGCCAAUCACCCGGGAAGAACUUCAGUUCAAACCGUUGGUUAUUCCCAAAAACUUGCAAAAAGCUCUGCCUUACAAAGACAAACCCAAAUUGGGUCCUGUGAAUCCGAAAAAAUCUUUUGAAAGCGAGAGGAUAGCCGUCGUUCAUUCACCACACGAGCAAAAGGUUGCUAAAAUGAUGCGGAUGAUUAAAACCAACUUCGAGGCGAAGGAAGAAAAGCGCAAACAACAGGCAAAGCAAAAAUCCAAGCAAUACAAGAAACAGAAAACGAAUGAAGAAUUCCGGAAGCUACAGCGACAGAAGGAGUUGAAGAAGAAAGUCUUUAAGGCUAUUAGCAAGAUCGAGGCGCGCAACCAGAGUAAGGUCGCUAAGGGCGAAAGCGUUAAGUGAUGAUACGUAGGUAGUUCAUGGAAAUAUUGGAGAUGUUUUUUUUUUAAGUAAAGUGCAUUAUUCCAAAAC